AUGGAUCCUCGAGUUGACAUCCCAAGGUCUAAACCUAUACGUCUACUACAGAACAGUGCUACAGGCACUGUUUCCGUGCACGCCCUAUCUUCUGGACACUUCACUCUUCCAGAGUAUCAGUUUGUUCAGCCCGUCUCGCAAGAUGCACGCCGAAUGGUUCCGUCGCUAGCAUUCCUUAUUCAACAUCGCAAUUCGAAUAACGGCAAAUUAACACGCAUUGUUUUCGAUUUAGGCUUGCGUAGGGAUGUGACGAGAUAUGCACUUCCCAUACAAACACAUAUAAAAACGAGGCAGCCGAUGACUACAGACCCUGAUGUCAUUAAGAGUCUGUCAAGGGGUGGGCUAACAUCUGCGGACAUUGACUAUGUCAUUUAUUCACACGUACAUUGGGAUCAUAUUGGCGAGCCGCGCGACUUUACCACUUCAACGUUUAUUGUUGGCCAUGGGGCGUGUGCAUUACUAAGUGGCACAUCUUCGGCUCUGCGUGGAGGUCAUUCAUUUUUUGAAUCUGACCUCCUACCGGAAGGACGAACUAUAGAAUUAUCGGAUCCUACACAUUCUAUGAAGAAGCGCGAUCUAGCAACAAUUCCCGACGCCGCGAACUUCAACAGCCCAUGGAAAGCACAUGGCACCCUUCCCGAGACUCUAGACAUCUUCGACGACGGAUCCCUCCUUAUUGUAAAUGCGCCCGGCCAUCUCCCGGGCCACAUCAACCUUCUUGCUCGAACAACUGGAGAUCAUCAGGUAUAUAUGGCGGGAGAUGCGUGUCACGACAGACGGCUGUUGACCGGUGCAAAAGCGAUCGGGGAAUGGAAUGAUGCGCAAGGUCAUAUAUGUUGCAUACACGCGGACCGGAAACAAGCGGAGGAAACGAUUGAGAGAAUCAGGCAGUUGGAGAAAGAAGGGGUUGAAAUCAUUUUUGCGCACGAUGUUGAGUGGGAAACAAACCCAGCGAACAAGGCCAGGUUCUUUGGCGCUUCAAAUAAUGACUCUUUAUCAUAG